ACCGCAUUCACAGCACCGUUCUGAAAACGGUUACACACCAUCUUGGUUUUGACUUCUUUUCCGGAGUCCCGCACUGGCUCAGAUCUGAAUCACGGAGAAGUUGUAAAUGAGUCCGUGUGUAGAGCCAUGAAUGCUAAGUGUCACUGGUGUCACGUUUGUGCAAAGGAGAAGUUGGAGGACGCCGUACCGGAGGAUCUUGAGCAACUUCUGCCAGAGGGGUACUGCCAUUCCAUGUGCUCAUACAGACCACUGGAGGAAGGUUUCGAAGUCAUUUUAAAGCUCCAAUAUUUCACCAGAGAGGAGGCAGAGGCAUGGUUGGAGGACUUCCAGCGGUCCUCAAGAGUGACCUUAAGAAAGGAGCAAACGUUUCCUAAUACUAAGAAUAAAGUUCGGCACAAUAGCUACCGUGUUAACAUGAGGUGCCAACACAAUACGAGAAACGCAGCGUACACUAAAAAGAACACAAACUGUCCGGCUGGACUCUACCUCGUGGUGAAAAAGCUCUCCUUUAGUCAGAACAGGAGGUCCAGAUCCAAGGAUGGUCAUAUUCAGGAGGGGUUAUUGACACAUGUGACCAUCAAACAUAACCACAAUCACCCCCUUGACUCUGCAGAGAUCCUAAAGCAGCGCAGUGUGUCCAAAGAAACUGUGGAGAAGCUGGAGAAGCUUUUCCAGAGUGGACACUCGCCCUGUUCAGCCCUGAACACCCUAAAGUAUGAUCUUCAGGAGGAGCUGGGUGAUUCAUACGUGGACGCGUCUGCAGAUAGGUCCAUCUGCCCAGACUUCUCCUUCUGCUACCGAUUGUAUAACUCUAUCUUCAAGAAGACUUACGUAGCAGCAUCAGGGGACUCCGUGAUUCAAGAUCUUCAGGAACGUCUUGUGGUUUACAACAAUGAGCAAAGGGAGACAUGUGGUCUGAUGGAGUUGACUGCAGAUGGACAAAUAGUUGUCGCUUUCUGUACUCCACUCAUGAAGAGGAUCCACAGACUGGCGAGACACAGUGGAGAAAUAGUCGUCAUUGAUUCAUCAGGAUACUGUGGCAAGAACAGCAGAGCGUUCCUCCUGCUGACCCAUUCGGCUGCAGGCGGGCUCCCACUGGGAGUCAUCGUCACAAAGUCGGAGUCCCAAAACAGCAUUGCAACGGGACUCAACCUGCUGAAGACUUUACUACCAGGGGAUGCUUUUUAUGGAAGAGGAGAGCUAGGCCCGAAUGUUUUCAUGACCAACGACUGCAAAGCCCUGCGGCAGGCUCUGCAGAAUUUGUUCCCCCAGACCACGCCCCUCCUCAGCGUCUUUCAUGUGCUGCAUGCCAUGUGGAGAUGGCUCUGGGACGGUCACCACGAGGUACCAGUGGAGGACCGGCAGUGGUUGCUGGACAUCUUCAAAAAACUGGUGUGUGCCAGGUCACCAGUGGAGCUGAAGACCACCUACCACCAGGCCCUCCUGGACCCAGUGGUGCUGAAGAACCAGCAGUACCGGGACCAUUUGACUGCAGUGUUUGCCCAACGCAGGGACUGGGCUACCUGUCUAUGCACUGGUCUUUCCACAUGGUGUGAAACCACAAACAAUUUUGUUGAGAACACCGUGAGGAUCUUGAAAGACAGCAUCUUCUACAGGUUGAAGACCCACACCAUCAUCCAACUGGUUGACUUGAUUUGCACGAGGCUGGAAGGCUACUACACAAAGCGACUCCUGGGUGUAGCAAGCGGCAGGCCUGUGAGGUGUGAGUUCCAACCCGAUGGCGUAGACCCUGACAGGAUAGUCCAGGAAGAUGAAUCAAUUUACACAGUUACAACCAAAACAGGAGGCAUUUAUCUGGUGAACAUCUCCUUGGGCAUGUGCACCUGCCCAGCUGGCAGCAGUGGUGCACUCUGCAAACACCAACAUGCUGUAACUCAGGCCUUCAAGCUGCAAGAAGGCCACCAUCACCUUCCAGUGACAUCCUUCAUGCCAAAUAAGUCCUUGUAUGAGAUGGCCACAGGCAUCCAAGAAGAAGUUCUAACAACCUCUCCCCCAGCAUCAGAAGACUCUGGAGCUGAAGAAGCAUCUGUUCAAAGUGAGUUGGAUGCUGAGCAUGUUGAGAGUCGUUUGAGAUCCAUGUUUGAUGACCUCAUGGACAAGUUUAAAAAGGACAAGACCUUCCAAGCCCCAUUAGAAUCCUUCUUGUCAUCCUUCGAAAAAAUUCACACAGACAGUAACCUGAUUUCAGCACUAUCUACCUUUGGGAAGAUGGAGAGUGCUACUUCACAGAACAUCCAGCCUACAGAUGAUGCUCACUUCGAGUCUCCACUGGAGGACGAACAGUCGAUCACAUCUGGUCCACCUCCAAAAAGAGCCAAGAGCCAGCAGUGGGAAUGAUGAAGAGAGGAGUGGUGCACUGGCACCACACUCACAGUGUGUGUCUGCUGGUGUGUGUCCAGAUCGGCUGUUGGGUGUUUUUCAAUAAAACCAGGAAUAGUUUAGUCCUACUCUGGUGUUUUUUCAUGAUUAUUACGUCUUUACUUUCAUAACAAUUAGGACACCUCAGGAAGCCUUAAAGAACUCUUCUGUAUAUUUGUUCCGUGUUUUGAUUCAUAAUUAUCUUAUUAUUUUUUUUUAUUUAACACAGUGAAGUAACUAGAUGUUUCUUUACCUUCGGCUGACAUGUUUCGGCCGCAACUUCCGCCUUCAUCAGAGCCGCCAGCUGUUCAUGGCAUCACUUCCGUUUAUGUAGGGCAGCAAGGGACGAUGAUAGCACAGUCCCAUGUGUUAAUUAUGCCUUAAAGAAGUCUGUGUAGGCUGUUAUGUUUAUUGUCCUGCUGUUCUAAGCCUGUUUGCUGGUUGGGAAAACUUGGAGCCUAAUUGUUAAAGGUUGUUAUUAGUGUUACUCCACUGUAGUGUACAUUGGUCAAUACAUUUGUCAUCGCUUUUCA